GCGAAUGCGGGCUCUCCUGGGGGUGGGGGUGUAACUGGUGCCGGGGUUUGCUGUUGAAGAGCAGGAUGGUGACGUGCCGAGUGUGUGAGGAGGUGCCGCCGAAAUAUCGGUGUCCGCGCUGCGGCCUGCGUUAUUGUUCUGUUGGAUGCUACAAGAAACACAAAGCAGAUGAUUGUAAACCCCAGGAGUCUGGUUCAGAGUUUUCCCCAGCAUUAAAGGAACCUAUACAGCAAGAUAGCAAUGUAGGACACUACUCCGGCACAGACGAAAUCUUGGAUGAUGGUGAAGAAUCUGAUCGUGUACCACUAGAGAAACUGAGACGACUGGCAGGAUCAGAGAAGUUGAAGGGUCUACUUUGCAACCCACACCUUAAACAGUUGCUGUUGACAGUGGACAAGGCGGAGGAUAAAGAAAGCAUCAUGAAGACAGCUAUGCAGGAACCAAUUUUCGUGGAAUUUGCAGAUCAGUGCUUACAAAUAGUUGAACCCCCAGAGAAAGAAAAUGAAACUGCUGUCUCCUAGUAUAAAUUCUCCAACCUUUGAAUAAAUACUUUUGUAAUUACUUUGUAAGAUAUAUAGCUAUUCUGAUUUUAAUUAGGUUUUUCCACUGGAUUGAAAAAUAAACAUCUUGGGUGUUCAGUGACUGGGCUUUGAUGCCAGUACUUUGAUGUAUUAUUUUGCAGUGUUUUAUUAAAAUAUUUUUCUUAAGCUGUUCAGAAAAACAAACAAUCCAAUACUGGUACCUAGCCAAUGACCUGAAAUAAAUAGGCUUGUUUUUCUAUGCCAUUACCAAAUAAAAUAACAAUUCAAUUUUUUCAAUUCAUUGUACACUAAGAAUCUGUUGCUCCAUUUCACUUUUAUUUCUACCUGAGCUCAUAGUUUUUGUCUGAUUUGGUUUCUGAGCUUAUGUCCCUAUAAUUUAAAAAUAAGUGAAAUACCAUCUGCAUGUCACCUAUACCACAAAAAAAAUCAGUUUACCCCAGUUCUAAUAAAUCCUGUUUUUCUAUGUAAUUCUGUUACAUUGUCUUGAAAGUACUAAAAAAACCUUGCCAUAUUUGCUUGCUUUGUACACUGAUUUGUGAGUUAUUAACUAGCUUGUAAUAAUGAAUGAAUCACUGUUUGAACAGUACAGUCUUCCUAUGCUUGAGAUUUUGAACUACAGUCUGUUCUGCUAGAACACAGGAGUUCCAUUCUUGUGCAAUCGCAUUAUAAAAAAACUUGCGUAAUAGCAGCACUAUUAAAAAGAAGGGUUAUAAUCAAUACCUACUUUACAAGUUCGUGCUAUAUAAAGUGUCUCCAAUUUGUGAAUUGUGUUAACGAAAUGCAUGUUAGAGCAGAAUGACUUGUACUGGGCUAUUUGGGGGAAGGUGAUGGCUUUGUGGUAUUAUCGCUAAGCUGUUAAUCCAAAGAUCCCAGUGCUGUAUUGGGGACCUGGGUUCAAAUCCUGCCACUGCAGAUAGUGGAAUUUGAAUCCAAUAAAAAUCUGAAAUUAAGAAUCUAAUGAUGACCGUGAAUUCCAUUUGUCAAUUGUUGGAAAAACCCAUCUGGUUCAUUAAUGUCCUUUUAGGGAAGAAAACCUGUGCUUACAGAAUCUAGACUUCAUAGGAUUCCAGACCCCCAGCAAUGUGGGCAAGUCUGAAUAAAUCCUGGCCUACGCAGUGACAUCCACAUCCUGUGAAUGAUUAAAAAAGUAUUCAGAUCACUGAAUUUAUUUUGAAAAACAUUAGUUUUUUAAAAAAAAAGUCACAGUACAUGGCCAUCCCUAGCAAGAUCAAUACUUAUUGCCCAAUCCUAAUUGCCCUUGGUCUAGUGAGCUGCUUUGAAAUGUCACAGUGCAUGUUGUGUAUGUUCACCCAUAAUGUUUUGUGGAGGGAAAUUACAAGACUUGAGAUUGUAAUUAUUCUAUUUCACAACAGUGGGUGACUUGGGGAACCUGCAGGAUGCUUUUGACAUGUCUGCUGCCCUUGUUGUAAAGUGUGGAGAUCGUGGGUUUGGGAGAUACUGUCAAGGAAGGUAAGAACAUUAAGGUCCUCAGCAAGAGGGCUCUUGAUGCACAAUGGUGGUAUCCCUAUCUCUGGGCCAGAGUCAAGACCCAUGUGCUCUGGCCGUUUUUCUUAAAAUAAAUAAUAGAUCCUGAAGAUCUUCUGCAGGAAUGUGCUGUGGCUUUAGGAGGAAGUGCUCCUGUGAUUGGAUGCUGAUGUCUUGAAAGGAAGCUGUCUCUUUUGGUGUCAUUUUAAAAGUGCUGUUCUAUGGGAGAUGUAAUUUUGUGACAAGAGCUUGCAUAAAUUGUAAUCACUAGUUGAAUCUAGAGAAAAAUCAGAUCUGUCUAAUAUGAUUGACUUCAAAUUCAUGAGUGCUGAAUUCACCAGCAGUUCCUAGAAAUUAGAAGUACUGAUGAAGAAACUGGUGUUGCAGUUAUGAGUUAUUCUUUGAAAACAGUUAAGCUUCAUUUUACACAUUCAGGUUUUGCUACAUAAAACUGUACAGAAUUGGAAGGAUAGAUGUCAAUUUGAGGAUCAAAGUGUUUACAAAUAAUAUAACUGCGAAAAAGUGCGAUUACCACUCCUAAAAAAAUGCACAAAGAGCUAAGCACGAUGUCUAAAAGCUUUCCCUUACCUGGUUGAAAAGAAUGAAUAUCAACUUGUUUAAGGAUAUAUGUUUAUUGUUACGUAGAUCAGCUUCACAUCUGUAUACAAUUUACUUUAAUUGAAUAUAUAGUUAACACAUAAAUACAUCAUUCUUUUAUCACUAGUGUUAUUUUGAAAAGAAUAUUACAUCAUCCCAUAUUUUUGUUUAGUAACGACCCCUGAUUUGAAGCAAUUACAGAAUGGAAAAAGAAACUCCUGCUUGAGAUCACCCUGCUCAAGAAAUAAAAAUUAUUACUACUGUUCAGGAGGACAGGAAUGUAGCAGUUCUUUUCAUCAGGAAAGGAGAGUUCAGUAACAUGGACUUUUUUAAAAAAACAAAAGAUGCCAAUUUGGCAAAAUAUUUUUAAAUCUAAACAUUUUCAUUUAUCAACCCAAAGGUUACUACUUAGUGCAAUUUUAUUGUCCAGUUAAAAAAUCUGCACCCCUCGUCUGACAUUCAAAGUCAUAACACAAUUUAAGUUACUUCCAUGAAUGAGUGUUAGGAUGAAUUGAUAUGAAAAAUCAGUUAGUCCUUAGAUGUAGUUUCAACAAAGAAAUAUACUCUAGCACCCCAGUGAUACAGAACAUAGCAGCAGUCUGGAGGGGUGCAGAACCGAGUACUCUUAAUAUAGUGCAUUCCUGACCUCAGUUGGGACUGUCCAGAAAAAAGUGACUGGUUUGAUUUUAAAACGCUGUUCAAUUCUUAGGAGUUUCAGAUAUGACCAUCAGGAAAUGGCAACAAGUGGCAGGAAGUGGAAGCAAAGGUAAACAUACUUUUUAAAAAGUAUGGUUAUUUUGUGAGAGAACGUAGGUGCUUGACGUUCAUCAUGUUUUUCUUCGCAUUUCAAUCCAUUUCCUUAAACUAAACACCACUUGCCGCCAAUAAAAGUGUUUUUGUUCUUGAUAUAAACCUACAUUCAAUUAUCCAUACCCUGCUUAAAUAGGGAUUGCAGCUGGCUGAGGCAAAGCAAUAUUGAUGACAAAAUGUGGAGAAGCUACACCCUAUUUUUUUUAAACCACAAAUAUGAAUCGCUUAGCAAGUUGGAAAGAUAGUAAUCUAAACUUAAUAUAGCAUGUGACAACUUUAGUGUCUGAUGUGUCUUUAGAGAUUUAUCAAGACAAGACAGCCAAUUCUACUCAAAAACCCAAGAGUCUCAGUGCUAUGUAAGAGGCAUUUGAAAUUUUCAGUGUAAUUAUACAAUCAGUAACCAGCAUUAAGUCAGUAAAGUAGGUUUUCUUGGUUUGGUCCCAAAGAAUGUCAUCACUCGAAUCAUAAACAAAAACACAGUUGUGGUAUUAGUAAAGCAAAACAGUCAAAGUUUCCCAAGACAAGAGUCAGACAAGAGACAAGACAUGUCACAUUUAGAAAAAUAAAAUGCUUUACAUUCCUCCAAUUUCAAGAAAUCUUUGAAUUAAAAAAAUAGUGCUCCAAUGAAUUCAUAUGCAUUGUAAGAUUUUGUUCAAUUCAAAUGUCGUGAGGUAAGGCACUUAAUUAUAACUUGGAUUUUUCCAUAUAUUGGAAUAGCAAUGAAUUUUCGAUUGAGUUUUUCUGAUCAGAAAGGUAGAAUAAACACAGAAGAUUUAGUGUGGUGUAACAGGCAGAACAUUGCUAAUCUCUGUCUCAGGUUGAGAUCCUCUGGGCAGUUGCCAUAAUGCACUGUUCUGGUAUUGCUUUCUUUAAAAUGUCAUUUUGCUGAACAAUAAAGGUUCAAUAAAACUUAAAA